AACCUGGAGCUAGCCGAGAGGUUGGUACCCGAGGGACGGAGUCUGCUAGAGUACGCGAGGGGAUCUCCGAGCGUCCAGAGCAUCGAAUGGAUGCUGGCACGUGGUUAUUUACACCCAGGCGAAGAUAUUCAGCCGUGGCUUUUUCUUUUUCUUACGCGGAAAGAUCGGCUGGAUCUGAUGCAGCAGAUUUGGGGAAUUUUCGCUGCAUCUCGCGAUACUGUCGACAUGGAUUCGUGGGUGGGACACUGGAGUAGAACGAUGAGAGAAGCGGCCGCCCACGGGAAUUUACCGGUUUUGCAGUGGCUGGCAGAGCAAUCGGUCCGACGCCAAGUGUGUGCGAACAGGGGGUACCACCCACUUUCGGCUAUAGCUUGUGACGCAGCCCAAGGAGGGCACUUUCACGUCGUGCAGUACCUUUGUGGGCAAGGGGAGCUCAAACCGGGUUCCUACCAUCGUUCGGCUAUGGUUUCUGCUAUCCAAAAGUGCGGUCUUGACUGCGUGAAAUUGCUACUAGAGCGUCUUGGAAUGGCUGCACACGAUUGGAUGGCUUGCUCUACUGCAGCUAUGGAUGGCGCUGCGGCCAACGGAUAUCUGCAUGUUGUACAAUGGCUCCAUCACAAUCGUACGGAAGGCUGCACGACAAACGCUAUGGACAUUGCGGCACAAAAUGGUCACCUCAACGUGGUGCAGUGGCUUCACGCUAAUCGGACUGAGGGAUGCACGACAAAUACAGUCGAUUUUGCUGCAACGAACGGAUGGCUCGAGGUUGUCGAGUGGUUGUGGGGGAAUCGGACCGAGGGCUGUACUUCCGAUGCUAUCGACCAAGCCGUGGCCCGUUGUAAGGAUCAAAUUGUCCUCUGGCUCCUCUCCAAUACCUCAGUGAGUUGCACGUCAGCAGCGAUGGAAAAAUAUCCGCAGCUGGAAAUUUCACUCGACAGGACAAGGCGUUUUCACGCAGAAGGCCAUCGAACGGGCGAUUAUCGUGGGGGAGUUGCUUGGCUCCACCGGAAUUUCCCCGAACUGAAGCCAGGCGACCAGACGUUGAUUUCGCAGGAUCGCUAG